AUGAAAAAACGAGCGCUUUCGUGGACUUUUACAUCCUCCUCCUCGUCGUCGAAGUCAUCUUUUGCUGAUUAUAUAUCCAUCGCAUCGCUCCGACGAACAUUCCUCGAGACCGUUCUCGGCGGGAAACGAAAUCUGAAACAAAUCUCGCGAGAAAUCAAGCGACGGGAAUGGAUCGUGGAAAGUUUAAGAAGAUCUCGUUUGAUACAGAGGAAAUAUUAUGUAACCAACGAGGAUGUUUUGACGGUUUUGUUGGUCGCGUUUGUGAUUGCGUUCGUUCUUGUUCUUCUUCUUUGCGUUCGCGUGUUGGUGUCGUUCUUAAAACAUCGAAACGUCGUUUUAAAGGAAAACGAAGAGGAAAAGAAGGAAACCAUCAAGAGAGACUAUUCGCGCUCGGUGACGAUGAACCCAGAAGAGGAGGAUAGUUUUACGGUGGACGAUUUCACGCCAAACGAAAAAAGGAAAAAGGACAGAAAAGGCCUUGCGGGGGAUGCGAAUGCGACGAGUGAGAAAUCGCCGCUGGUGAAGCGCGUGAGCAUCGACGAGACCUUCGGAGCGGAGACGGUUACUACGGAGAAGACGAAGAAGGCGAAGAGGACGGCGAUUGUGGCGAAAGAACAACCCGCGGCGGGUUCGAACGCGCUCUCGCAACAGUCGCUCAUUACCGUCGAAGAGCGAACGAAAAUAGCCGAACUGCGUCAGUUGGUCAACGAGGAGAAGGAGGAGUUGUUAUCCACGGACGCUUUGAAAAUGUACUGUUCGGACGCGCAGUUGGCGAGAAACUUGCGCGCGAGGAAAUGGGACGUGUUGAAAGCGUUUGAAAUGUUAAAGAAAACGUUGCUGUGGAGGAAAGAAUACAAACCGGAGCUGAUUACUUUUGAAGAUAUCGAAGAAGAGUUAAAGACUGGGAAACAGUACCGUUCGGGGAGAGAUCGAUCCGGUCGACGCAUCAUCGUCAUGCGACCGUCGCGAGAAAACACUCGAGAACACGACGGCAACAUUCGUUUAUUGGUGUACACGUUCGAGAACGCGUUGUGGCGAACGAAUGGCGAACGCAUCGUUCGAGGUUCCUCCAACAUACCCGCGUUAGCGCAAGAGCAGAUUUGCGUCUUGAUUAACUUUACAAAGUGGUCGUUAAAACUCUCCCCGCCGUGGCGCACGAGCAUGGAAACGUUGCACAUCAUGCAAGAACACUACCCGGAGCGAUUAGGCUUAGCCGUGUGCUACGAUCCGCCAUCCGUCUUCUCCGUCUUUUGGAAACUCAUCUCUCCAUUCAUAGACGUGAAAACCAAAUCGAAAAUCCGUUUCGUUCAACCUCGAGGCGAUAAACAAAAAGCGGCGAAAAAAAUGAACGCGACGUUUCAUCCGAACACGAUCGACUCGGAUAUGGGCGGAAGAGUCGACGCGACCUGGGACCUCGACGAGUACAAAGUGUUUUUACAAAGGUACGACGCAGUGAAAAAGAACGUUUUUGAGACAUUGAAAGAGAGGAGAAUAGAGUGA